UGCGGCUGUUUUGAUUCCCUCUGUGCGGUUGGUUCAACAGAGCAUCACUUUGUCAUCACUGCUCUUCAACAGGACAAUAACUCUAUGUUUCCGUUGUGAAGACUCGAAAAAAGCUCACCUUCAUGUGUCGCUCAUGAUGGCGGGUAGGUGCAGGCUCGUGUCCUGUGCGUGUCUGGGGCUGUUCGGUGUCCUGUGCUGGGUCUGGGUCUCUUUUGCCUCCUUUCCAGAUGACCGACUUCCCCUGGAGGCCUUGGAUGCACUGGACCGAGGAGCCUUCCAGCCCCAGAGUGCUCUGUCAGAGAUGGAGUUCGCCUCCAUCGGUCCGUACAGAGGACCUGGCAACGGUGACCGCCGCAACAACAAGGAGCUGCCCAUCCUCCUGUGGUGGAGCGGGGGUCUGUUCCCUCAUUUCCCUGGGGACUCUGAACGCAUCGACUGUGCCACAUCAUCCUGUCUGGUCACAAGCAACCGCAAGGUCCAGCUGUACAAACGGACCGCAUCCAUCAUCUUUUAUGGAACAGACUUUCGGGCAUAUGAGGCGCCGCUCCCUCGUCUCCGCCACCAGACCUGGGCCCUGUUCCACGAGGAGUCCCCCAUGAAUAACUACAUCCUCUCCCAUGGACCGGGAAUCAGCCUGUUCAACUACACCGCCACGUUUCGCAGGGAGUCAGACUAUCCUCUGACCCUGCAGUGGCUGCCUUCUCUGGAUUACUUGCUGGCGCCUGUGGUCGUGUCCCUGGAGGAGAAGAACCGGCUGAGGAGGGAGGGUCUGGGUCCUGUGCUCUACAUGCAGUCCCACUGCGAUGUACCAUCUGACAGAAACCGCUAUGUCCAGGAGCUCAUGAAGUAUAUUCAGGUGGACUCCUACGGGAAAUGCUUGAAUAACAAACCUCUGCCCGUCCAUCUGGAGGACACCGCCACAGCUACCGGCGAAGAAGCCGGCUUCAUGAAUUUCGUUGCGCGCUACAAGUUUCACCUGGCGCUGGAGAACGGCCUGUGUCCGGACUACAUGACGGAGAAGCUGUGGCGGCCUCUCCAUCAGGGCUGUGUGCCCGUCUAUCGCGGCUCCCCGGUGGCGGCCGACUGGAUGCCCAACGACCACUCCGCCAUCCUCGUCGAUGACUUCGCGUCCCCAAAAGCUUUGGCUGAAUUCCUCAAACACCUCGACGAGAACGAUGAAGAAUACGCUAAAUAUUUAGAGUUCAAAAACCCCGGCCUCAUCACCAACCACCGUUUGUUGGAGGCUCUGGAGACCCGUGAGUGGGGGGUCAAUGACAUGAGUAAACCCAAUUACCUGAAUGGAUUUGAAUGUUACGUGUGCGACCAGGAGAACGCACGGCUGGCAGCGGAGCGAGCACACAGGAAAGCCCCUCAAAGGAACCUGCCGCCUCAGUCUAAAAUGGCCAACAACUCUCACAUGGGGUGCCCGCUGCCCAGCCCCGGGUACGGACACGUCAACGACCUACCUGCAGACGAUGGAUGGUUGCAAAUGUGGCCUCAGGAUUACUGGCAGAGCCUGGACCAAGCGGAGGGCCUGGAGUCUUUGAUAAGACUCAACGAGUCGGACCCUUCGCUGCUGUGGAAGCACAUCCAAAGCCUUGCUGUGAGCAGAGCCAGGGGGAAACACUGACACAGACCUCGGAACCAACAGGAGGCUGGAGCAUGUCCAGGAUUACAGAGGUGUCCCACAUUAUGCACCCUUUCUGUUUGAAUUUGAAAUUGAAACGGAAAUCACUGACACUUUUGCACCUGAGCCAAAACUUUACCCAUAUGAACAAUUUCGUUCUAUUAUAUAUAUAUAUAUAUAUUUUAGCUUACUUGAUUCGUUCGUCCUUCAUCCAAAGUUUGGUAAUGGGAAGAUAAUGCUCCAGCUAUUAAGUCUUUUUCUUACUAUAACAGAGGUGCCAUCAUUGCUCUAACGCCUUGUUAACAUUAACUGCUUGCAGUGCAAUCGUUCCACAGAGGCACAUUCUCACCGGAGGGGGAUUUUUGUUAAACUGGGGCAGAGCCAAGGGAGCUCUGCCUAACUGUGUGUGAACCCCCAUCAAGCCUGUAGCCGACAAUAUGCAUUAGCCUCUUUAGUCACUCAGCAGGUAGCUGAUGGUUGUUAGCUCAUUUAUGUACACAGCUAUUUUAAAUGUCGAAGCCAGGGAGGUUUCACAGAGGAGGGAAGAAAGGCAAAUGUAAAUCUGACUCAGGACCAGCUCACCUAAUGAACUUCUUUGGCUGUUACUUUACAACUUUGUCCAAACAUUUUCCUGUUACGUGAUGCUAUUUAUGUGCAAAAAUGUUAGUGUCUAGAA